GUUCUCAUCUCUCACGCCACACACACACACACACACACACACACACACGCCGAUCCUGAUGCUGGAGUCAGAGCAUCACCUGCAGUGAGUCCCGGAGCAGCUCUCACUGCCGCUGUCUGGAUGUCCAUGAAAGGCAGAGGAUCCAAAUACCAGAAAAGAGUGUCUUUUUCUGAGGAUGAAGAUGAGCAGUGCUGGAAAGAGGAGAACGGCGGUGUGGACGCACAUUACCUGAAAUCCGGUCAGGGAAAGACGGGCAGGGAUUCAUCGGGAUAUAACCGGUACAACAUGAAAUCUUCGGAUAGCUUCCCCCAUCGCAGGAUGACCCUACCACGAGAAAAGGGCCGCAGACAGGCUGUUCGUGGACCGGCGUUCAUGUUCAAUGCCCGUGGCAGCAGCCUUACGGCAGAGGAAGAGCGCUUUCUGGACGCAGCCGAGUAUGGGAACAUCCCAGUGGUCCGGAAGAUGCUGGAAGAAUCAUCCACACUCAACGUGAACUGUGUCGACUACAUGGGACAGAAUGGGCUACAGCUGGCCGUCGGUAACGAACACCUGGAGGUCACCGAGCUGCUCCUGCGGCGAGACAACCUGGCCCGUGUCGGGGAUGCGCUCCUGCUGGCGAUUUCAAAAGGUUAUGUGCGUAUUGUGGAGGCACUGCUGGGACAUCCAUCCUUUGCGGGAGGCGAACGACUCACCCGCAGCCCCUGUGAGCUACAAGACGACGACUUCUACUCCUACGACGAGGACGGCACACGGUUCUCGCCCGAUAUCACACCUAUCAUCCUGGCUGCCCACUGCCAGAAAUACGAGGUUGUGCACAUGCUGCUGUUGAAGGGAGCCAGGAUAGAGCGGCCACAUGACUACUUCUGCAAAUGCGCCGACUGCACGGAGAAGCAGAGGAAGGAUUCAUUCAGUCACUCGCGCUCCAGGAUAAAUGCGUACCGUGGACUGGCCAGUCCGGCGUAUCUCUCUCUGUCCAGCGAAGACCCGGUACUGACCGCGCUGGAGCUGAGCAAUGAACUCGCCAAACUCGCCAACAUCGAGAAAGAGUUUAAGGAUAAAAAGAACCGUAAUAAAGAGACAUCGCAGCACAAUGGCUUCUCUCUGAAUGACUACAGGAAGCUGUCUAUGCAGUGUAAAGACUUUGUGGUUGGCGUUUUGGAUCUGUGCAGGGACACGGAGGAGGUAGAGGCCAUCUUGAAUGGAGAUAUAUCCGCUGAGCUCGAGGAAGGCCAGCAUCAUCGCUCCCUGCUCAGUCGAGUCAAACUGGCCAUUAAAUAUGAGGUCAAGAAGUUUGUGGCUCAUCCGAACUGUCAGCAGCAGUUGCUGACGAUCUGGUAUGAGAAUCUGUCUGGUCUUCGGGAGCAAACCACUGCAGUGAAGUGUCUGGUGGUUUUGGUGGUGGCGCUGGGACUCCCUCUGCUAGCUUUGUGGUACUGGUUUGCCCCAUGCAGUAAACUUGGUAAAGUACUACGCAGUCCUUUUAUGAAGUUUGUUGCUCAUGCGGCCUCCUUCAUCAUCUUCCUCUGUCUGCUGGUGUUCAAUGCAUCCGAUCGCUUCGAAGGCAUCACCACCCUUCCCAACGUCACCGUCACUGACUACCCUCUCCAGAUCUUCAGAGUCAAGACCACACAAUUCUCCUGGACAGAAAUACUGAUCAUGGUCUGGGUAGCAGGAAUGAUGUGGUCGGAGUGUAAGGAGCUCUGGACAGAGGGGCCGAGGGAAUAUAUCAUGCAGCUGUGGAACCUUCUGGAUUUCGGCAUGCUCUCCAUCUUCAUCGCUUCAUUCACAGCCCGCUUUUUCGCCUUCCUACAAGCAAUGAAAGCCCAGGAGUAUGUGGAUGAGAAGAUCCACGCUCCAGACCUCUCAAUGGUCACGCUGCCACCAGACAUCAAAUAUUUCACAUACGCGAGAGACAAGUGGGUUCCGUCGGAUCCUCAGCUGAUCUCUGAGGGUCUGUACGCCAUCGCUGUGGUCCUGAGCUUCUCUCGGAUCGCCUACAUCCUCCCGGCCAACGAGAGCUUCGGGCCGCUGCAGAUCUCUCUGGGACGAACCGUGAAGGACAUCUUCAAGUUCAUGGUCCUCUUCAUCAUGGUCUUCCUCGCAUUCAUGAUUGGCAUGUUCAUCCUUUACUCUUACUACCUGGGGGCAAAGGUUAACCCCGCCUUCACCACGGUUGAGGAGAGUUUUAAAACUCUCUUUUGGUCCAUAUUCGGGCUGUCUGAAGUCUCUUCUGUGGUGCUAAAAUACGAUCAUAAAUUUAUUGAGAACAUUGGCUAUGUGCUGUACGGGAUCUACAAUGUUACCAUGGUGGUGGUUCUGCUCAACAUGCUCAUUGCCAUGAUCAACAGCUCGUACCAGGAAAUAGAGGAUGACGCAGAUGUGGAGUGGAAGUUCGCUCGGUCUAAACUCUGGCUCUCAUAUUUUGACAACGGCAAGACUCUCCCGCCUCCGUUCAGCAUCGUCCCCAGCCCGAAGUCCUUCUAUCUGUGUGUCAAGAGACUGGUCAACCUGCUGCGGUGUCGCCCGCGCCGCCUGAAGAAAGACGUGGAGCUGGGCACGGACAACUCCAAGUCCAGACUGAACCUCUUUACCCAGUCUAACAUGAGGAUGCCAGACUCUCACAGCUUCAACAGCAUCCUAAAUCAACCCACACGCUAUCAGCAAAUUAUGAAGCGUCUCAUCAAACGCUAUGUACUGAAAGCACAAGUGGACAAAGAAAAUGAUGAAGUGAACGAAGGCGAGCUGAAGGAGAUCAAGCAGGAUAUUUCCAGUCUGAGAUAUGAGCUGCUGGAGGAGAAAUCUCAGGCCACAGAAGAACUCUCACUCCUCAUACAGACACUCAGUGACAAACUCAACCCACGAUCUGUCCAUCCACACUGACACAAAGCAACGGUGAAGUCAUUCUUUAUCUGAAAUAAUUUAAUAUGCAGGGAUCCCGAGCUCUGUCUAAACAAUAGCAGAUGAGGGCAUAAAAUAUACACUUCUUCUUUAAGUUACUGUUAACUAAGGUAAAAUGUGGGUCACUCUACUGGACAGUGUUUUGUUUUCUUUUGUUUGGUUGAUUGACAGCUCCACUCAAAGAUUUCUGUAUUUGAAUUUCACAUACAAUUUCCAGCCAUUAAGGUUACACAGGUAAAAAAAAAAAAAAAAAUUAUAAAUAAAAUAAUAAUAAUAAUAAUACAUUUAAUGCAUAUUUGUCAGUCAUACAUAAAUGGCUUUCAGAAAGAUUCUGUUUUUCAAAAAUGUUAAUGUCUUUGAGAUGCUGUUGUAGCUCUAUUAAUAUUUUGAAUCUAGUUUUAUUUAUUUUAAAUUUUAUUUUCAUUUUAGUUAACGUUUUUAAAGUUCAAAUUUUUCAUUAUAUUUCUGAAUAUAGUUUAUUAAUUGAUUUAAGUUUUCAUUAUUUUAGUUAAUUAAUUAGUACAUUUGAUUAAUCCAAAUUAAAAUAAGAAAAAUCACCUGGGCAAUUAGCUGAAGAAAGUUUUUUUUUUUUUUUUUAGUUAUUGUUUAUUUUAUAAGUGGCAUUUAAGUAAAAUGUAUUCAGAUUGCUCAGCAUAAAUCUGUUCAUUGUAAAAACAAUUACAUUUAUUCAGUAAAAAAAAAAAAAAAAAUUAACAAGCAAUAUCCAAAUAGUUAAAAUAUAGAUUGAAACAAAUUAUUAUUGGUGUUAAAUAUAUAUAAUUGUGUACUGUAUUUAAAAUGCAUUCAUUUUAUGACUAUUAAAAAACUUGGUAACCUGUUUUAUUUAUGGAUGACUGACACAUAUACAUCACAGUAUGUUUGGUUCAUGUUAUUUUUUUAUUAUUUUUUAUUUAUAUUUAGUGGUUGUUUGUUCCACAUCUGUGAUCAUGCAUUUAUGUAAAAUAGUGGUAAUUCUGAAUAUUUUAAUUAGCUAAAUGUACAGUAUUUCUCUUUAAGCUUUAGGCAGGGAUGUUAGUUGCAUCUGUCUUUAUCCAUUCCCAGAAUUCCUUGAGAACCUGUAUUAGAGUAAUUGUAAAACUUCAAAUUUAAUAGAUUAAAUAUUAGUGGUCACGUGUCCAUAAACCCUCGAGCACAAAUCUAUGCAGGGUCAAUGUUUGUCUGUACAUCACAGUUGGCAACAUCUUACAGAUUAUUUUUAAUAAUAUUAUUUAUUGUUACAGUCACUUUAGUUGUUGUUUUGUUACAGUCACUUCCACUGUGUGCACAGAAGUUAAUUAGCUGUUUACUUUCUGUUUAACUCAUAUUCAGGAAUUGUUGCCUGAAUCUUAUUUUAAGCAAUAGUUUGUCCAAAAAUGCAAAUUCUAUCAUCAUCAUUUAUCAAACCCAUAAUAUUUAUUCGUGUGAAAUACAAAGGGAAGACAUUUGAGAUGUGUUUUUUUUUUGUUGGUUUUGUGACGUCAGAGCAGAACUAGGCUUGUGGAGAUUAUGAUAUCAUAUUUAAAAUGUUUUGUGUAAAAACCUGGACUUUGAGAACCGAUGUCGUUCCGAUGAGGGUUUUUCAGUGUCAUUAUGAAUGAUCGAUCCAUAGAGGGCGCCGUCUCAUUUCACAAAGUGUAACUGUUCUUAAAAGAAAAUUCAAGGCUCUCUUGAUGAAUUAUUUAUGUAGGCUAAAUCCAAAUCAGUAGAUGUUAUAUUUCAUGAUAGACACAGUAUAUCUGCAGCAGCAGGCAGUAUAUAUUUCAUCAGAUCAGAGCAGGGCUACUCAACAACAACACAAAUAUGCGUGAGAAUGUCAAUUCAGAUUUGCUUUUGCUUGCAUUUUCGUUUCAUUUCCUUAAAUGUAUAAGCUAUGCAUUAUUUUCAUAUAAACAUUACAUGAUUUUAGUGGGAAAUCUGAGAAAUUUACCUAUAAAUAUUACUGUAAUACAAUAGCAUUGAGACUCUAAAUUUGAAAUUUGUAAUGUUUUCUAUAUAAAAUCUAUUCAUGAAAACAAA